AUGUUACGAGGUUUAUUGUUUGCUGAUAAUGAUACAUUUUUUGUUACCAGCUGUAGACGUUUGAGCCCGUUGACAACCAAGGAGAACGCCAAACGAUUUUUUGAGGCCUGCGAGAAGCUCUUUUUAGAUGGACCAAGACUAGGAGCUGUAUCUGAGAUCCAGGUGCCAAACGUUACUAACAACUAUCUGGUUGAUGGGUUUUUCAAGUUCAUUCAAAUAACUGGCAUGUUUGCAGAGGGAUUGGCGGUCUUAGAAAGUGUACUGGAGAAGGAGCCAGAAGUGGUAACAUUAAUAAGCAAGCUGUUAUUAUUACAAAACGAAGAAGUCAAAGCUGUGGAAAGGAUGAACAAAGGUAUUCUGGAAAACCCCAGGGACGCCUUUCUGCUCGAACUACAAUCUAAAUUUUGCCAAGACAAAAAUAGAUUGGAUCUGGCGCUUGAUUGUGCCAUUCGAGCUGUAAACUCAGCCCCAUCUGAGUUUAUUACUUGGGCCAGAUUAGUUGAAGUAUAUAUUCAGAAGGGCGAUUAUGAGCAAGCGCUUUUGACCCUGAACUCCUGCCCAAUGUUCACAUACCACGAAGUGGACUCCCAUCGCAUGCCAGUUCCUGCUAAAUCGCAUUUCCCUCUGCCCACUACCGGUGUUAUCGACGAAAUAUGGGCAGUAGAUAUUAACGCUGACAACGAGGUUAGUGACCCUUCACUUCUUAGAUUGACAGCUCCAACUUUGAGGGCUACAUUUGCCAAGGCUUAUGAUCUCUUGACGCAAAUAGUUGCACGCAUUGGCUGGGAUAAACUGCUCAAGUAUCGCUCUAACGUGUUUGUGAUGGAAUUGGAGUAUCGUAAAGAUAAGAACGAGAAAAAAAGCGGACAUGAGACCGAAGACAAGGGUGGAGAAAGCAAACCCAAUACCGAUAAGAAGGAGUCAUCUGGCAAAGAACAGAAAAUCUCGGAUAAAAGCGACUCUAAAAUCUCUGAUACCGAUUAUGCCGUGCUAUCUAAUGGCUCAAGUGAUCAGAAUGGUGGUGUUAACGGCGAAAGCACGCCAAAUGGUGGUUUAGAAAGACCACCAACUGCUACCACUGGGACUGGUACCGUAUCAACCUCACCAGCAUUAGAGGCUAGUUCUGCUACUGUGCCAGUAGAACUUCGUAAUAAAAGACUUUGCGAGAGAUGGCUGGAUCACCUGUUUAUGGUGCUUUACGAUGACCUUCGUACCUACACUGUCUGGCGCACAGAAAUGGUUCAUUAUCAAUCACAGCAACUACCUUAUGUGAAAUCUGCAUUGGAAUGGGAAAUAUACGGUAUGGUUGCACAUAGACUUAAGCAUCAGGACGAAGCUAUAGAUGCGUUCCAAAAGUCGAUGGAGGUCAAGUUUUCCGACAGAGUUUUAUGGAAGUUGUUAGAUUGUUAUGCACCAGAAGAAAAGGCAAUUCCCGUAAAUAUCCCAGCUGCGCUGGAUGCAGUUGUGAAUUUAACUGCUUGGAAUCACCGUUGGUACACCGACUUUUCACCCAAACUGCUGAUCGCUUUAGAAAAAGUGAUCACUAGUGAGGGUCUUGUCAAGGUACGAAGUAAAAUUGAUGCCAAGUAUAGUCCUCAGGGAGUGGUUGCGAUUGUCAAUUCCAUCUUAAACACACUUGCUCUCUUUGAAUUGCCAGGCACCGAGUACUAA